ACAUAAACUAAAACAGAUGGAAUAAUGUUUGUUUAAAAUAUCAUUUUUUCAGCGCUGGAAGAAGAAAAGGUCACAGGCUUUCUAACUUUUGGACUGUAGUUAAGUGCUGAUUUGUUAACCUGAAGGCAUUCUGCAUAGUCUUACCUGGGCAUUAUGAGGAGGUAUCCAGGCUUUCAUUCUUGGGAGAGGAUGCCGUCUUGCUGAACUCGUGUAGCCUAGUCGCGGUUUUUUUUUUAUAAUUUGCUCAUAUUUUAGUGGCUGUUGAUAAAACUGUAACGCGAUCUGCCCUUUUACGCGGUAGUUUCAAAACUUUGCAUGCCCAAAAUGGACCGUGCGGGAUUUGCUGUUUUAAUGGUUCUGACUCUUGCACUGGUGCGACUUGGUGAUAGUCACAAGGACACAACAGGUGUGAGGAAAGAGGGUGCGGGCGCAGAACAGGCGGUCUGGGACCAGCAGCAGUCCCGGGUGAGGAGUCAAGGUCACUCGCCAAGGGGACCAGAGGACGAUGCAUCCUCCAGACCAUCCGCUGAAACCUCUACUGGGGCCAUCCAGUCUAGAACUCUUGUCCGCCUUCCCAGGGGCACAUCAUCCCAAGGGGAUGGCAGGCAUACAUCCAAAGCAGGACCGGCUCAUGGUGCAGGCAGCUCUCGGGAAGACCUCGCCUCUGCGCAGCGGGAUGGUGCGCUGCGCACCGCCAGACACCCGGUCAGCCAGAACUCCCCACAGCACAGAACCAGAGUGAACCGCAGGCAGAGCAGCAAGCCCAGCUCUGCCAGCACAAGGCGACUUGUUGGGCCUAAUGUGUGUGGAGGUCAGCAGUGCUGCUCCGGCUGGGCUUUGGCACCUGGAACCAGACGCUGCAUAAAACCUGAUUGCCAGCCCCCCUGCCAGAACCGUGGCUCCUGCAGCCGGCCACAUACCUGUGUGUGUCGCUCAGGCUUCCAGGGGCCCCGCUGUGAGGAGGUGGCUCCAGAGCAGGUGUACAUCCGCGACAGAGGCGCCCUGAGGCGUGUUCAACCCGGGAUCAACCCUUUCCAGAGAGACCAACCGCGGAGACGGCCCUCAGAAAGGCAAGCCAUCGAUAUCACCAGGGUGCAGACCCCACGACCUGCGACCACCAGACAGCCUGCUCACGCUGUGACCCAAGUGAGACGGGGACCCCCUGACUCCUCCCCUCAGCAGACCGGGACCUCCCGCACUGUGAAACGCUAUCCGUCUUCCUCUGGGCCUAUCACCUCCAAUGCUCUGCCCAGUGGCAAUAACUAUGCUAACAGCCACGGAAAUGAGCACAGGAACUGGCACGGACACAGAAAUGGGCAUAGCAACGUACACUCCUUUAACACUCACAGGCCAGCCAGCGACAGCCAGCUACAUGGACAGUUCAACAAUGCAUUAUCACCAGCAGGGGCCAACCUUACCUCCAACCUGGACCGCAUUAAGAUCGUCUUCACUCCCAUGAUGUGCCGCAGGUUGUGUAGUAGUGGACGCUGCUACAACAGCUGUGAGAAAGGAGACAUCACCACGGUCUACAGCGAGACUGCGUACCAGCAACAACAGCAGCAGCAGCCAAAGACCCAAGGCUUCCGUCUUUUUUUCUGUCAGAUCCCCUGUCUUAAUGGAGGCCGAUGCAUCGGCAGGGACGUGUGCUGGUGUCCAUCCAACUCAACGGGGAAGUUUUGCCACCUGCCAGCCCCACCUCCUGCCAGAACACCCCCUCAUGACGCCAGCAACUCGGGACCAAAGACUCCAUCCCAGUCCAUGUACACUCUACCACUGUCCAAUCAACAAGUGUCUCUCCACCCAUCCUUGGUGAACGUCCACAUUCAGCACCCUCCAGAGGCCGAGGUCCAGGUCCACCAAGUAGCCCGGGUCCAGCCUGGUCAGAGGUCGGCCACCACAGAAGGGGCUCACUCUGUCCAGCAGCGCUCCCAACCCGGGAAUGGACAUGAAUCCACCAAUGAUCAUAGCAGCAGACACAGACACACCAAUGACAACGGCCAUGGCCAUGCCAGACCACAUAACCGUCAGAAUGGACAUGUGGGAAGAUGCUUUCAGGAAACAGUCGACGGACAGUGUGGCAAGCCUCUGCCAGGCCUAACCAAACAGGAUGAUUGCUGUGGAAGUGUAGGCGCCUCCUGGGGUCUAAACAAGUGCCAAAAGUGUCCAACCAAACCAGCAUAUGCAGUGAUUGCAAAUGGACAAGUGGAAUGUUCCAAAGGUUAUAAACGGAUGAAUCUCACACACUGUCAAGACAUCAAUGAGUGCCUGUUGCCUGGGCUCUGUAAGAAUGCUGAAUGUCUCAACACUAAAGGAAGCUACAGGUGCACAUGUAAACCAGGCUACAUGUUAGACCCUGCCAGGAGCCACUGUGUUUCGGACAAGGCGGUGUCAGACCAGAGGGCAUUUUGCUACAGAUCAGUGUCAGCAGGCACAUGUUCUCUGCCACUUUCUCAGCACAUCACCAAGCAGAUCUGCUGCUGCAGCCGAGUGGGCAAAGCCUGGGGUGCUGGGUGUGAUCGCUGCCCUUUGCCAGGAACAGACCAUUUCAAGGAGAUCUGCCCAGCCGGUCAUGGAUAUACCUACUCGCGCUCUGAUGUGCAGAUUUCUCUGAGACAGCUGGAGCACGGUGUUCUGCAGAGCACAGGAGUGUCUUGGGAGGAGCAGAGCCCCACCCACUUUCAGCCUCCAUCCUCCCAGCCCUCACUGCAGCUGCCCAGCGGGCCACAGUAUCCCAGCUACCCACAGACUCCAGAAAUACCUCAGUACCCUGAGUAUCCAGAGACACCGCAAGCACCCCAGUACCCUCUCACUCCACAGGAGCCAAGUCAUCCCUCUCAACCAGCCAUAGAGACACCUACACAGCCGGAAGAUGUGGAAAUUCUGAGCCCGCCAGCUGUUGUGACUGACUCACCAUUUCAAUAUCCAGAAACCUCUCCAGACUCCACCAGCAUUCACCCGAAGCCAGAUUCAAGGGAAACAACCGACACAGCCACAGCCACAGCCACAGCCACAGGUGUUGACAAGUGUGCAACCACCCCCACCAUAUGCGGCCAUGGGAAAUGUAUUCCUGUGCAGACCGGCUACACCUGCCACUGUGAGCCUGGAUUCAAGCUCAGUGCGCUACAGACCAACUGCAUCGACGUGAAUGAGUGCGACGAUGACCCAUGUGAAGGAAAGGGCAGCUGUAUUAACAGCUAUGGCUCCUACACCUGUCAAUGCCACAGCGGCUACAGCCAGGUGAUCACUCAGAACAGGAAGUUUUGUCAAGACAUUAAUGAAUGCAGCAUGCCCAACAAGUGCCAGAAUGGCGAAUGCAUCAACACAGAAGGAUCUUACACCUGUGAAUGCAACAGUGGCUAUGCCAAGUCUUGGAGAGGCCAAUGCGAAGAUAUAGAUGAGUGCAGAGAUCCCAGCUCCUGUCCCAACGGUGUCUGCAUCAACACUCCCGGCUCCUUCCAGUGCCAGGCCUGCGGCCCAGGGUUCAGGCCAGUCAGUGAAAGAUGUCUGGAUGUUAACGAGUGCUUGAACCAAACUGUGUGCGGUCCUGGUAGGUGUGUCAACACUGAGGGCUCCUAUAGGUGCAACUGUUUCCAAGGAUACAAACUCACACUAGACAACGUAUGCCAAGAUGUGGAUGAGUGUGUGCUCCCAGAAGUCUGCCUCCAUGGCCGCUGUCUCAAUCUGGACGGUACCCACAAAUGCACCUGUGACCAUGGUUACCAAGUCACCUCAGACAGCAAAGCCUGUGAAGAUGUCAACGAGUGCGCAACUGGUAAUGUGUGCCCCGCGGGAAUUUGCAUCAACACUGCAGGUUCCUACACUUGCCAGAACUGCAGGCCUGGGUUUGGACCAUCUGUUGAUGGGCUUAGAUGUGAAGAUGUGAAUGAGUGUGCUCAGGAUGACUUGUGUCUUGGUGGGGUGUGUGCCAACACGGAGGGAUCCUACACCUGCACCAGGUGUAAGGCUGGCUACAAAGUGUCUCCAGACCGGCAGAGGUGUGAAGACAUUGAUGAGUGCCAGUCCCUGUCGACCUGUGCCAACGGGAUCUGCCUAAACUCUGAAGGCUCUUACACCUGUGAGAACUGCCCUACAGGUUACAGAGUAUCAUAUAAUGGAGAGCUCUGUGAAGAUAUUGAUGAGUGUGUGCUGCCCACUACAUGCCCCCAAGGAACAUGUACAAACACAGAGGGUUCCUUCACAUGUAUCGUCUGUCAACCUGGUUUCAGAGUCUCUGAGGACAGACAACAGUGCGACGAUGUGGAUGAGUGCUUGGUGGCUAACGUGUGCCUGGGCCAGCUGUGCUCCAACACACCAGGAUCUUACAUCUGCAGGAGCUGUGGAGCUGGCUUGCAACUGUCUGAGGACGGUCACAACUGUGAGGACAUCAAUGAGUGCGAGACCCCAGGUGCGUGCCCCACCGGUGUUUGCACUAACACAGAGGGCUCCUUCUCCUGUAUGUCCUGUGACCCAGGCUUCACAGUGGCGCCCAAUGGACUCUCAUGUGAAGAUGUGAAUGAAUGUGAGGACGCAAGCAUGUGUGUGGGAGGCCAGUGCACCAACACCAUCGGCUCCUAUAGUUGCUCCUGCCCCGCCGGUCUGGAGCUGGUGGAUGGGACGUCUUGCAGAGAUAUCAAUGAAUGUUUAACCAUCAUGGGGAUCUGCGGAGAGGGAAACUGUCUGAAUACCGAGGGCUCCUUCACAUGCAACUGUCCUAAUGGAUAUAGCACCAUCAAUGGAAGGACUGGCUGCCAAGAUGAGGAUGAGUGCAGCAAAGACAACGUGUGCAUCCGGGGCGAGUGUCUCAACACUGAUGGCUCUUUCUUGUGCUUGUGUGCAUCUGGCUUCAAGUUCAAUGCUGACACGGCUGACUGUGAAGACCAGAAUGAAUGCAUGGAGUUUGGAAGCUCAGUGUGUGGUACCUGGCGCUGCGAGAACACCAUCGGCUCCUACCGGUGCUUCAGGGACUGCCAGCCCGGCCUUGAGGGAGAGGACACCACAGACUGUGAUAUUGACGAAUGCCUCAAUGAAACCAUCUGUGGGAGCCACGGCUUCUGUGAGAACACAGACGGCUCCUUCCGCUGCAAGUGUGACCAAGGCUACACCAACCCAUCCGGAGAUAUGAGCAGAUGUGUUGACGUGAACGAGUGCGAGAUGAGCUUGGCGCUGUGUGGGGAGGCCCUGUGUGAGAACUUCGAUGGCAGCUUCCUGUGCAUCUGCCCCAACGACAAUGAGGAAUUUGAUCCCAUCACCAGCCAGUGCCGCUCCCUGGCUGAUGUUGAACCGAAGCCGGCUGUUCCAGUCCCUCCUUCAGCUCCUUCAACUGAGGAGAGGAAGGAGUGUUAUUACAACCUGAAUGACGCCAACUUCUGUGACAAUGUCUUGUCUCGCAACACCACAAAGCAGGAGUGCUGCUGCACAGUGGGGGCAGGCUGGGGGGACAACUGUGAGAUCCAUGCCUGUCCUGUCCCAGGAAGAGAUGAUUAUAACCAGUUGUGCCCUCAUGGCAGUGGAUUAUUACCCCAGCCUCAUUCCUCUACACAAAGUUCUGAAGAAAAGCGGCCUUACAUAGAUGCAAAUGAGUGUGAGAUGUUUGGUUCAGACAUUUGCAAGAAUGGACACUGUUCGAAUCUCUUCUCUACAUAUACCUGCUACUGUCGCCACGGCUACUAUUAUGACACCAUCAGGCUUGAGUGUGUGGAUUUUGAUGAGUGUGAACAUGGAGGUUACUGUGAGGAUGGAGUAUGUGUGAACACGGCCGGGUCUUUCUUCUGUUUCUGCCUUCCUCCAUCAGUCCUGGACAACACCCGGCGGCGCUGCAUUCGUCUCAACACAACAGAAGAAGCUAUAGAGUCUGAUCACGAUGUGCACAUGGAUGUCUGCUGGCAGCAUCUGGAGAUAGACGACAUGUGUUCCGAACCCCUCCAGAACCGCAGAACUACAUACACUGAGUGUUGCUGCCUGUAUGGUGUAGCCUGGAGUGGACAGUGUGCCCUCUGUCCCAGGAGAGACUCUGAUGACUACGCAGUAAUGUGCAAUCUGCCUCGGAGAGGUUCAAACAGUUUGCGAGAGCGGCCAGGAUAUGAGUACGGUCUUGAGGGGCCAGAGGAUCCUGCGGAGCCUUUCGUUCCUCCAUACUGGGACAACUAUGGCAGCCCUGCAGGACCCUAUGACAUUCCUGAGAGUGUUCCUCUGUUCAACGACAAUGACUACAGCUCUCGACAGCCACCUUCCCGUAUCCCCAACCAUCGACCAUGGGAGCACCAGCCACAACCAGUGGAUUCCUACGCCGAGCGCUAUGAAGGCUUUGAGGGUCUCCGAGCGGAGGAAUGUGGAGUCCUGAAUGGCUGUGAAAACGGCCGCUGCGUUCGUGUGCGGGAAGGCUACACCUGUGACUGCUUCGAUGGUUAUGAGCUCAACCUAAACAAGAUGGCCUGUAUAGACAUAAACGAAUGUGAGGACAUCAGUGACAAGGUGCCCUUGUGUGAGAACGGGCAAUGCACCAACACGGAAGGGUCCUACAAGUGCACCUGUUUGCCCGGCUUCGUUGCCUCUGCCAAGCCGCACAAAUGCAUCCCAACGAUCCCAGAGUCUGUGCUUCGAGAGACAGGAAACUGAGACAGUGACUUUUGAGCGCUGGCUUCAUCCUGCUCCUUCAAAGAUCACCAUACACCCCUCUGCCCUUUUUCCCCUAAAGGGCCUGGCACUAAACCUCCAACAGUAACGCUGAAACGUCCAAACUCGUUUCCCUACAUACCACUGACACACACCACAGAUAUACAACAACAUACACACUUGCAUUCAGCACAGAAUACACUAAUUUCCCCUCCUACAUUUACAAGAGGACCAGGAAUUGUGCAGUGAAUGAAUUACAUGGGAUUUAGUAUUUUACCAGAUAUCCAUUUGCCUUAAAGGGAUUUUGUGGACUGAUCUGUUUUAUUCAGUAACCCCAGGCAAUUUGAUAUGCAGAUAUAUUUUCCACUUUAUUUUCUGUCACUUUCUUCUUCUUCUUCUUUUUUUUUUUGUUGUGUUAUUUAUUUCAUUUACAUGACGGGCCUCUGCAAACUAAGCAAGAAACCUAUUUCAGAGGGCAAACCUGAUUCCUCUUUUUUUAUUUGUCUGACCAAUUGACUUCAGUGACAGUGUGGGGAGAUAAUAAAUGUCUUUUGUAAAAGAAGGAAUGUCAUAAGAAUUCAGCCUGAAAUCAGCAUCAUGCAUCACUGUCAAGCCUUUCACCAAUAAUAUCUCACUCAUUAUAAAUUGCAUUGACCUCGGACUAAACGGAUCAUGCCGGGGUUGACAAACAACAGAAAUUCAAAGAAAGAACUAUUCCCACAUCUAUCUUUCUGUUCUUCAAGAUUAACUGCAAGCUAUACAUCAAGUUGUUGGAUCUCUGGACCAAGAACUGGGAUGAAAACACAGCCAAACUUUAAUAUUAAAAGCUUCAGCCUGGACCUGGAAAAACUGUAGAUGUAUAUGAUGAUCUGACUAUAUAAUGUUUUGUAAAAGGUGCAAUAGGUAUUACCUACCUUCCUUUGUUUGACAUCAUUUAUUGCAGUUAUUUUUUUUUAAUUUCACAAUUUUAAUACCAGCAAUGAAGUAGUAAAAUUUUGACAGUUGCUGAUUCUAACAGUAUUAACUUGUUUUAUACUCCUAAAAAGACUUAUUGAAGUCUGAUACGAGGCGAUGUUCUAGCCUCACCUCUGUGAAACUACAGGAAGCUUAAUUAGUUGAAAUGAUCCAACAAAUGUCACUGCUUAAAGUAAAAGAUUAGUUUUAUGUUACCAUGUUGCACAGGCAAAAGGAUUAUUCAUUCAACUGCAAUGCCACUGGAUCCCUGGUCUCCAUUCCCAUGUGUGCAUCGCUGAAUGCAUGUAAAGACAAAGGCUUCGUUGGAGAGGUUUGGUAUAUUUUGUACAGAUCUAGUACUAUGUAUUAUUUUUGUUACAUAUUCUCUUAAUGCAUUAUAGCACAACCAAUAUUUUGUUUGACAUAAAAACAGAAAAUGUAAGAAAAAUCUGGCAUUAUAGCUUUGUAGAUUUAUACAUGUCUGUAAAAAUUUUUUUUUUUUUUAAAAAGCAUAUCUUUUUAUGUAUGAGGAGAGUGGCUGACACUGUACCAGAAGAACUGUGUGUGUAUACCCUGCCCUGUGGAGCAGACAAUGAAAUAUAUUUUUUGGAAGUGGCAGCAUCGUUCUGAUUGCAGACAUUUUGUCUCUUCAAGUUCAUUACAAAGACAAUGCUUUUGAAAUGCAAGCACCAACUUCUGUGUGUUACAACCCUACGGUUAAAUAUUAGUAAUUGUGAACAUUAUUUCUUUUAGUCUCUUUGUUGGAUCCUUAUGUCAUGAAUGUAUCAUAAGCAGUAUCAGCCCACUUGUUUGGUUUCUGUAUUUGAAUUCCCACUCAUGCUUUUUUGUCUUUUAUAUUCAGGUUUAAGAAAAUAAUGUCAUUAUUUGUUUAAUGGACUGAAAUUCUCUCCAGAAAUCUCAGCAGCACAUAAACAUAGAAGGAAUUCUAAUGUUGUAGGAUGAGUUAAGUUAAUGACUUAUGCCCUUAACCUGCAUUCAUAAACUAUAAACUUGCAAAUGUACAAAUGUUUCCACUUGAUGUCCACUGUACUUUACCGUGCUGCUCUAAUCAUCAACCGGAACCGGACCAGAAGUUUAACAUUUAGGUCAAAGUUGGAAUAUUUAAAGCCUUUUGAACCCGCAAAUAACUUCAGAUAAUGUUUUGUUGUAAAGCUAUGGUCAUUGGAAAUAUCAUGCUCAUUCAUUUUGUUUACCUCUUGACUGUA